AUGGAUGUUGAAGUAGUUGAAGUGGAAAGGCAGAAGAGGCAAAAAAAUGGAGAAACACAAGAUGAAUGCAGCAAGGAUGAGAACCAAAGUUUCCCAGAAAAUUCUAUUGAGGAAGUGAGCAAUCAAGUUGAUGAUGGGAAUGGGAGUCCAUAUGUGGGUAUGGAGUUUCAAUCUGAAGAAGCUGCCAAGAACUUUUAUGAUGCAUAUGCCAGGCGAGUGGGUUUCAGUACACAUGUUGGUCAGUACAGCCGUACUAUGCCUGAUGGUCCAAUUAUUUCUUGGGACUUUGCCUGUUCCAGAGAGAUUUUCAAAAGAAAGAAUGUUGAAAGCUGUAAUGCUGUGCUUCGGAUAGAGAAACAGGAUCCUGAUAGUUGGGUGGUGACAAAGUUUGGGGAGCAUCAUAAUCAUUCUAUAGUGAGUCCCAGCAAGGUACAUUACCUUCGUCCUCGCAGGCAUUUUGUUGGAGCUACAAAGAACGUGUCAGAGACUGUUUAUAACCAAAAUGAUGUUAUGAUUUCCAUUGAUGGGAACCAUGGAUUUGAUGAUCCUAAUCAUGUUUUUAAAAAUACAUCUCAACUAGAAAAAACUCGUGAUGCUAGGCAUGGCAGUGGAAAUCUCCAUGAAAAUGGAAGAAAGAAAGCAUCCAUGGCAACUCCAGAUAUGAUCCCGUCAUUAUGGCCUUGGCAAGACACUUUGCCAACUCGCUUUAAUCUUAAUGAUGUCAGAGUGCCUGUUGCUGAUUUGAAUCAGCCGACUAUGGUUCCGAUUGCUAUCAAACCGGAUGGAGGCUUAGCUGAUAAUACAGCUGUUCUCACUUGUUUCAAGUCCAUGACGUGGGCGAUAGAAAAUAACACUGCAGCAAGUAAAGUAGCUGUUAUUAAUUUGAAGCUUCAAGAUUAUGGCAAGACUCCUUCAGGAGAAACAGAAGUGCAGUUUAGACUUACAAGAAUCACACUAGAGCCAAUGUUGAAAUCCAUGGCUUACAAAAGCCAACAGCUUUCAAUGUCAGCUAACAGGGUUGCUGUUAUCAAUCUAAAGCUCCAAGAUUCUAAAACAACUACGGCUUUAAAUAUAUUGGAACUCAUGUCCCUUGUCUCGGAGCUUAUAAAGCAGGAGCUCGCACAAGUAUCCAUGGCGGGGCAAAUAUGCUAG